AUGCACCCACAGUUAGACUCAGAGAGAUUUCAUCCAUGCGAGGAUCUUAUAAAGGCUCUCCAGGAAUGCCAUAGAAACGAAUUUAUGAAACAGAUCUUCGGUCUUUGCAACGAACCGAAAACCUUGCUUACGAAAUGUCUUCACGACACCAGAUUGGCCCAGGAAAGAGAAAAAAUUCUGGAAAGAAAAGAAAAGACCAAGAAGUUCGAGCUGCGCAGAAAACAGCUCGAAGAAGAGAAAUACGGCAAGGAUGGUUACCUCAAGAAGGUCAUCGAAAAGGAAUUGGAGCUUGAAGCUAAUAAUGGGCAAAAAUAA